GAAAGGGCAGUGUCAUUCCAGCGUCUCCUCAGCAAUGGCUCUGCCUCUUAAGGUCCUCAGUCGGGGCCUGGCCAGUGCAGCCAAAGGAGAUCAUGGCGGGGCAGGAGCCAACACCUGGCGCAUCCUGACCUUUGUGCUAGCACUGCCCAGCGUGGCCCUCUGCUCCCUCAACUGCUGGAUGCACGCUGGCCACCAUGAGCGCCCAGAGUUCAUCCCUUACCACCACCUCCGCAUCCGCACGAAGCCCUUCUCCUGGGGGGAUGGCAACCACACGCUCUUCCACAACCCCCGCGUCAAUCCUUUGCCCACCGGCUAUGAGGACUCUUGAAGCAGACAGACUCUUUUGCGGUCUCCAAACUGACCUGUGUUCUGGCUGCGAGAGCCCCUGAAGUUGCAGGGGACAGU